CGCAUUCCACAAACGUCAAACUAGUCCAUUCCACUAUCCAGCAAUUUUAGCAAACUUUUGCGCAUUACGACAUGCCUGUAUUCCUUUAAAAAUGCUCACCAAAGUGAUCCAACGGGCCCUAAAAUUCCGUUGCAAACGGAGCUACCCGACCAACAUCUACGAGAUUUCCCGCGGCUCUGCCUUCGCGAUCCGUCGGCCUUACAGCGAUGAAGUGAAGAAAGCAAAAGUGCAAAGUGUAGGGACGCCGGGCCCGACGAUAUUCGACAAGAUUUUAUCUCGCGAGAUAAACGCGGAUAUAAUUUACGAAGACGACUUGUGUAUGGCGUUUAAUGAUAUAUCCCCUCAGGCGCCUGUGCAUUUUCUAGUGAUUCCUAAAAGGAGGAUACCAAGGUUGCAAGAUGCGGAAGAAACUGAUAAAGAGCUCCUCGGUCACCUGAUGUCCGUGGCCCGCGCCCUGGCCACCGCGCGCGCGCCGCUCGGCUGGCGCCUCGUCGUCAACAACGGCCGAGAGGGCGCUCAGAGCGUCUACCAUCUACACUUGCAUAUUCUGGGGGGACGCCAGAUGGGCUGGCCGCCAGGCUAAGAGCAAGGGAACACUAGCAUAGUAGUGACGCAGCUAACAUUGUUAGGGUCGUCAUGUGUAGUGAAUAUGGCUGUGUCAUUACUAUGCUGCUGGCUGGGGGGAAGCCGUCAACAACGGUAGGGAGGGAGCGCAGAGCGUCUACCAUCUUCACCUGCAUAUUCUGGGGGGACGCCAGAUGGGCUGGCCACCAGGCUAAGAGCAAGGGAACACUGAAGCAUAGUAGUGACGCAGCUAACAUUGUUAGGGUCGUCAUGUGUAGUGAAUAUGGCUGUGUCAUUACUAUGCUGCUGGCUGGGGGGUAGCCGUCAACAACGGUAGGGAGGGAGCGCAGAGCGUCUACCAUCUUCACCUGCAUAUUCUGGGGGGACGCCAGAUGGGCUGGCCACCAGGCUAAGAGGAAGGGAAGGGAACACUAUAGGGUAGUAUACUCUGUAUCUUUAGGUAUUUAAAUAAAAAUAAACAAUUUGUACAUUUUCGGGUAGUUAAAUCAUUGGUUAACCAACCAAAUACAAAACCUGGAUCUGUGAACGACCUGACUUUAACCUACGUUAUUUGAUCGUGUAAUGUUUCCAUCUACCCUCAACUGGCUUAAGGAACCAUUUGGGGGUAGAUUUUGUUUACUUUUAUUUAAAUACCUUAAGAUACAGACUAUAGAGUAAUGAUGUAGCCACAUAAGUCAUGUUAGGGUCGCCAUGUAAGGAUAACAAGUGAAAAAUUCGAAAAGGGCAAACUGAUUUAUUUUUUAAAUGUAUACUAAUUACAGGGGUUUAUUAUUGUGGCUACAUAAUUAACAUACUACCACUAGGCAGAAGAGUAAUAAUGUAGCCAAACAAUAUUGAUUUAAAUUAAAAAAAAACACACACACCAUGCAUUAAUAAAAGGAAAGCCGAAGUUAUGUUUGAAUCGAUCACAACUUCUACAAAACAGACAAACGAGGCGGCCUAUAAAAGCUCUUACAUGAUUGGGAAAAAACCCCAAAAGCGGAUUUGCAAAUUAGCGUCCCUUAUUUGCGUCCUCAUUCAUUCAAUGUCACGGUCGCCAUGUAAGGAAGCGAAGUACUAAUUUAUUUGCCUGAAAUGUUACAAUGUAUGGGGUUUACUUGUGGCUACGUUGUUACUCUACUGCGCUAGAAAAGAAGGGGGGGGGGGUACCUCCCUUUAGGGGGAUAGUCGGGAGGGUAUCGAAACGCUUAACUUUUUGCAAGGAAAAGAUAUGUCGUUUCUAAAUUAUAAGGUGACGUUUAACUCCACACGUCGAUUUUGGUAAUAAUUUAGCUUAUCUUUAUUUAUAUAAAGAUAUAGACUAUACUUUAUAAUAUCGUUACCAAUAUCCAAAAGCAUAUCAACAGAAAUAAACCUUAGUUGUAACCGAUGGGGAAAAUUAACUUGGUAUGACACAAAUAUAAGAAAAAGGGGUAAAAGUAUACAAAUUGAAAAUUUCAAAUUUACCCUUUAAAAGUAGUUUUUCCACUUUUAAUUUCAAGUUUCUGCUAAUUUUCUUAUAAGUAAUAUAAUUUUUGGAAGGCGUAUGCUAUUAUUUUUUUAAACGAAGCUGACCAAAAGAAAAAUGAUUACCCAGUGUCAUAAAUUCGCCAUUUUAGAUAGUAGUUUAGUUUUAUUUUGUGCAAUAAUUUGGCCAAAUUAGUUAAGGGUUAUGAAUUAUCUCAAAUUGUUAUCACAUUAAGUUAAGAUGUGUAGUUUUUCUGAAAUAGAUGCAACCUAUUAAAUUUUACUUUAUUUUAGUAACAAGAAAAAGGAGGUAAAUAAAGAAAUCGCAGAUAUUUAUUUAACUAAAGGUAAGCAUUGUAGACAGGGUAAAUAUUUAGGGUUUUCUAUAUUAACUACCUACCCUAUUUCGCAAUGCGUCUAAUUUUUGAUAACUAUAGGAUUUUCCAGAAAACUCAAAAAUGUUAAAAUUCAACCAGUUUAUAUUUAAUCUAGGUACAAUCAGCUCAGAAGCAGAAGUUGCUAAGCGGCCGAGAUGUUCAAAAUUACCUUGACACGCUCUUAUUUUGUUAACAAUGAAAUUAUAUCGCGGUAGACCCGUUUGUGUAAUUAAAUAUGAAUAAAGUCGCGUCAAGAUCAUUUUGAACGCCUCGCCCGCUUAGCAACUAUUGGUGCUGACUGUACUACUAUAUGCGUGGUUGCAGCUAUUUGAGACAAAUAUACAAGAAAUGUAUGGGAUGCCACUGGUUGGUGGUAUACUAAAUAUGAAAUUACAACAUAAUAUAUUUUGUAUUCAUAGUAAAAUACAACAUAUCUAAACUAACUAACUAUUUUGGCUCAGCGAUCCAAAGAGAAUCUUGGCCUCCGAAACGAGAGCGUGCCACCUGUCCCGAUCCUGCGCAACUUCCUGCCAGUUACUGACGCGAAGCUGAAAAAAAAAUACAACAUAUAUACAAAUGAAUACAAAUACAUUAUUUUGUACUUUUCAGACCAUAACUGGAGAUACUUGUGAUAGUUUGAGAUUGGUUGCCGAUUUUGAGAACCGGUAUUUUAUUUGGCACAUUUUAGAAUGUGAAAAAUAUUUUUACUAUACCAAAAUUACCUCAUAGCCAAUUGAAUAUCAUAAUUUGAAUCUCGCAAAUUUAAGUAUAAUUAUUGUUUAAAAAAAAAACAAUAUAUUUUUUUUAUCAUAUCUUAAAAUUUUAAAUAUUUAGGUCUCACAUGUAUUAUUACGAAAACACACAAAUGUAGCCAUUUUAAAUCUAGUCACAAUUAUUCUCUAGUCCGUUUUUGUACAAUACCAUUCUAUCGAUCUUCUAUCGAAUAAAAAUCGAGAAUAGACGAUCGAUCGAACACUUAGUAUACUUCUCAAACUGUGGUAUCUCAAUACUUAUUUCGUAGUGUUAUUUCUAAGUAUUAUGAAAGGGUGUCUGGUUUAUAAAUAUUCCCAAUUUAGAUUUUAGAUGUUGCAUUUUACAUAUUAUGUAAAGUCGUCAUCAGAUAUAUCCGAGCGGUCAAGGCACUCACAAAUAUCUGUACACGCCUCUAUUGUCAAGGCGUUAGAGCGCGUGUUCAGAUAUUGUGAACACCUUGGCCGCUCCGAUAUAUCUGAUUGCGACUGUACUUAGUUUAUAAAAUUUUACAUGGUAAAACUUUUAGCCGAAGCCUUACAAGUGAAUUAGAGACCACAAAAAGCAUAAGAAUAAAUGCCAAAUACGAUUUUUCAGACAAAAUAAAAACUAUAAUUAAAUUGCCCUAUUUAACAAUCAAUCCGUAAACACGCUCAAUAAUAUCUAAUCAUAAGAUAUUAGUGAAUAAUGUAAAUUAUACCUACCGCAUUUGCGUAAAUUGUAUUGCAUCAUAUUUUAAAUAUGUGCUGAUUUAAUAUAUCGGAAUCAGUAUUGAUCAUCACGCAUAUUUAGGGGUCAUCCAUUAAUUACAUCACACGUUUAGGAGGGGGGGGGGGGGAGGGGGUCAAGAAAAUGUGACAUGUUGUGACAAGGGGGAGAGGGGGGUCACAAACUUUGUGACGUCACUUUAACUUCAUCAGUAACCAAAAUUUUAUUUUAAUCAUUUUAAUUACUUUACAGUUCAAAAACAAGUUUUUGGAACGAUAAUCGUUUUUAUUUAGUUUAAUUUUUUUUCAUAAUCAGUUUUGGGUUAUAAAUUUACUAAUAUUAUGACAAUAAAAUAAUAAUACUUAAUUCGAUUUUCCGAUUUCGCUGAAAAAAUGUGACGUCACACCAGGGGGGAGGGGUUUGCCAAAUGUGACCAAGUGUGACAAUGGGGGGGGAGGGGUCAAAAAACCUUGAAAUUCGUGUGACGUAAUUAAUGGAUGACCCCUUAAUUGUAAUUAAACUUUUCUAUGUUGGCUAAAAGUUACCUUAAAAUUUAAACUGCUCUGUAUCUUCAGGUAUUUAAAUAAAAGUAAACAAACAAUUUGAACAUUUUCGGGUAGUUAUAACAUUUAUUGGUCAACCAACCAAAUAAAAAAGUAUAAUUGCCUGUAAAGUCAGUUUACGGACGAUAAUUUUGCGUGAUAACGUCAUAAGAAAACAUAAAUGGAAAAUUGCAUACUUUGGCCUUAACGUUACCAUGGAGAUCUGUCCACAACGUGACACUUUUUCACACUUUUUGCGUGCUACCGCCGGUGUUCAUCGAUUUAUAAGACGUUAUUACGUCUUACAGGGACAGGCAACGAAAUACCGAGAUAAGGAAGAAAACUAAAGUCAUUGACGCUCUAACCCACUGCAAAAAGCUCAAAUGGAGAUGGGCCGGACAUGUUGCACGCCACGACAAAGAAAGGUGGACUAAAAGAAUCCCUUUAGAAAGAUGGGCGGACGAACUUACAAAGUUUACAAACGACGACUGGACAAAAAUAGCCCAAGAUAGGAAAAAGUGGAGAGAAAUGGAGGAGGCCUAUACUCGUCGAGAGGUCUUUAAUAAUAAUAAAAGUUAAUAAGUAAAUAAUAAUAAUCACAUUUUAUAUCAACAUUAAUUGUAUAAUUGUAAAAUGUAUAAUUUAAAUUUAAUUGUAUUGUGUAUAUUAUAAUGUAUUAUUAAAGAAAUAAAAGGCUUAAAUAAAUAAAAUAAAUAAAAAAUUACGUCAAAAACUGCCCGAAUCUGUCACUGAAGUACCACUUUAACCUACAUUAUUUGAUCAUGUAAUGUUUUCAUCUACCCUCAACUGGCUUAAGGAGCCAUUCGAAGGUAGAUUAUGUUUACCUACUUUUAUUUAUAUACCUAAAGAUAGAGUAUAGUGCCGUAUCAUUAUAUUCAUGUUAUUAAUUAUUUAAUUACUGUUAUAUUCCUUUGUUUAUCUUUGGCCGUAUUUUAGUAUUAAAGUAGCAAUGCGCCAGUGACCCCAUUGCUAAAAGCAAUGGGUCGUCACGAGCGCAGGGGCACGAUUCCACUUGCAUAUUACCAAAUUCGUAACAUGGCUUAAACCGAAACUAAGUUUCGGCCAAUUUUCAAAUAAUUAUCUGCUUCUCAUGCUGUUUAUUAUUCAUGUCACUAAAUUGGUUAUAUGGCAACACUAGUUGAAUAGCGCCACAGCGGUCCUGUAUGCACUUUAGCAAGUUGUUAAACUGUAAUACGAAGUUCAAUAUAUGUUUUUAUUAUA